CCCUCACGUACAUUAUUAUCUCUUACACGAGUAACCCUGACGUGAAAAGUCAGUCGACAUCUACAGUAUGUAAUCCCCAUAUGUAAAAUCACUAUCUGGUCUUUUUACGCCGACUGUUGUCAUGUCCCUCAGCAACUUUCUCUUUCGAUAUCUUCGGCUCGAGAGACCAGACGAUCAGGUUGAAUCUCAGAGCAGAGGUCGAGGCUAACACUUCACACAGCUCGCGCUUUUCGUUGCUGUUUGGAGCUUUUCUCGCAGACAUGGAAGACAUGGAAGUGGAUGAUACUAGUUUCACCAAUUUGUCAAGCGAUACUGAUCACCAUAUGGAGGAUGCAAGUUCAAAUGAUCAAGCACAUGGAGGCAGUAGAGGUCAAAUGACUGGGACACCUUUGGUCACGAUGCAAAACAACGCAAUGAGUCAAACACAGUUACCUCCAGAGCAGGCCUCUCAGAUGAUCUCCAGUGGUCAGUUUUCUCAAGAUCAGGAUAUAAGAAGCAGUGUAAUCACUGAACAACCUAGACCCAAUAAACAAGACUUUCCCAUCAAGCAACAUGAUAAGAAAUUACCAGGACGCAGUGCUGAGGAUCAAGACUCAGGAUCAUCUGCGGAUGAACAGAAGCAAACGAUUCAAACAAACACCUUACAGCCGGAGAAGGACAUUUGUAGAAGUCUUGAUAAAAGCAGAGCCCAGUCAUCCUCAGAGCCAGAGGAUACUGCUACAUUUAAUAUCAACGCGGUCAAUCCAGAACGAUUUCAAGAGAAGUGGGGGCGAAAGCUAGAGAAAGCCCUUCAGAGCUGGUUCGCCAAACCGGAAAAUGAGGGGAAAAAACAACGAGAAAAGCAAAGACAAAAUAACGUAUCGGUCCUCAGCCUUGAACUUACGAACGGUGGAACCAGUGCAAAGGUGAAAUUAACACCAUCAGCAGCUCUAGAAACACUGAAAAAAUGCAAGACUGUGUCUUUAAACAUUAAAACUGAAAACAAGGACGUGACCGUAAAGAUUUGUCUGGAUGAAACGCAUCCUGCGACCGUAUCACGAAACACCUCCGAGACAGACGAGAUCAGAAAUUCAUCAUCAAAGGCAAGGAGCACUCAAGCUAAGACUUCAGAUGACACAAGUAAUGGUGCAUACGCUGCUGCAUCUAAUAGAGAUCCAAGUGAGACCUCGUCUAGACUUUCUGUUCCUGUCCAAUACUUCUGGUACAUGCUUCACGUGUACAGAAAGGAUCUGGAGCUAAUUGAGAAACAACAUGGAGUCUCUCUACUUUCAGAAGUGUCAGUCUUAUUCAAACCCACCCAGGGUUCAAGCCCUGAUUCUGUGUCUAAAGCCUCUGAAGACUUUCAGAAUCUUCUCUAUGAAUGCGUGGAGAGUUGUAGUUAUGCUGACAUUAAUCAUAAUGACAUGGAUUCAGAUGUUGUGAAGGAGACCUUUCAUAACGUCCAGUCAGAGAAGACAAAGAUGAUGUUCACCAUGUCUGCCCGUGACUGUCAGUUCUUUGGACCGAAGGAGUUUAUGGAUAGGAUUACAAAAGACUCGACAAGAGCAGAAAAACAAUUUAAGAUCAAACCACUUGAAAUGGAUGUAGAUAGAAACAUUUCUCCACGAAGAAGAUAUUCACUGGACAUGGACACAAAAGACCUUCAGACUGAGCUUGAAAUGGACAAGGUUUAUUGGGAUCUAAUGAAACUUUCAUAUAAGGAACAAUUAUCACAGCUUGAAACAAAGUAUGGAGUGUUGUUUCAUGAAGUCAAUCUGCAGAAAAAUGUAAUUAAGGUUCAGGCUCGAUCCGAAGGAGUUCAGCACAUUAAUCUUGAAAGCCAUGCCAUGAGAGCUUUAACAAAUCUUUACCAGAAACUAGCCUCAGCCGCGGUCAGCUGUGAACUCACAAAACCAACACAGAAAACUGAUGUGGCUUCAAUAGUAGAGGAACUUCAGCAGCAGCAGCACUGUGUUGUUGCAGCAGAUGCAUUCAGUUCCUGGAAGCUCGUUGGACUGCCUGAACAUCUCGGUCCUGCUAUUACUGACAUUGAGAACAAACUGAAGAAGCAUGUGUUUGAUGACAAGAUGAAGAAACUGAUUGGUUACUCAGAAGACGUUCCUCACGCGAGAGGAAUCAGCUGGACUCAGAUGCUCGAUCUUAGUCCUGGAGCAGGACGGGACGAGCGAGAGAACUUUAGAGGACGGGAUGAUAGUGAUUUCAAUAAAGAAGUAGAAGAAGAUUCUAGACGUGAUGGUAAAGGUGCUCAGGCUGAAGAGGAGAUGUGCGCUAUUUGUAGGGACGACUUCACUGACAAGACAAAACUCAAAUGUGGGCACGAAUUCUGUCAGGAAUGUAUAGAUUUGUCAGUGAAGAGCCUGGGACCCAUCUGUCCUGUGUGUAAAGAAGUGUUUGGGAGAUUGGAGGGAAACCAACCGAAUGGAAAAAUGACUGUAAUGAGGAGCAUGUUGAGUCUCCCUGGAUAUUCACACUGUGGCACCAUCGAAAUACACUACAACAUACCCAGUGGCAUUCAAACGCAAAACCAUCCAAACCCAGGAAAAAAUUUUCAUGGUGCAACCCGUCUUGCGUACUUGCCUGACAAUCUUGAAGGAAAUGAAGUGCUUGCACUGCUGCAGAGGGCUUUUAACCAGAAACUGAUCUUUACUGUCGGGACCUCGACAACUUCUGGUGUACAGAAUGCUGUGACCUGGAAUGAUAUUCAUCAUAAGACCAGCAGAUCCGGCGGCUCUCUAAACUAUGGUUAUCCAGACCCUGGCUACCUGAAGAGAGUGAAGGACGAGUUGAAGGCCAAAGGCAUUGAAUGAGGAUUUUAUUGAUAUUUUCUCAAAUGCACUUCUAAGCCUGUAUUUACAAAUAAUUGGCUAAAAUUUUGUUAUAUAUAUCGUAUAUAUAGUGAUUUUCAGAAGUAUUGAGACACAAGCUAACUGAAAAACAAACUAUUGAACCUUCUGUGUGAAGCAAAUUUCACGAAUCUCAAAAUUAAUUAUUUCAAAGAGACAUUGGUUUUAAGAAAAUAAAAAAAAUGAAUGUAACUCAUGUUCUGUACUAUUUAGGGAUGCAGGGACUUGCUUCGUUUCCUUAUUAAUCAGCCGUUCGAACGAAUCAAUUGAGUGAAUGAUUCAGUGAUAAAAUCAGUACUUACUGCCACCAGUUUUAGUUUCAUUUUUUCAUUUCAGUUAUUUGAAUCAUUGAAUAUUUCUAUAUUAAAGUUGUAUAUUUAUGAAUUUUAUGUAAUUCUAUUCAUGCCACCUCAGAUUAAAUAAAUUGUCUGUAAAUACCUACAAGUCA